AUUGUGCCACGAAUUUUACGCACAUUGAGAGUGGUGAAAAUUCUAGAGUACCCAACCAACCACCUCGUGUAAUAGAUAUUAAAUCUUAUGAUGACGGAACAGCAGUGGUUCAAAUAAUUCGUAGAAACACUUCUGCGACUCCUUCAGCAGGUGUCUGCGUUGAAUCGUUAUUAUCAUUACGUAUUAUUCAUUUAAAUGGAAGCGUAACAGAAAUUGAUGCUGAUUUAGGGAUUCAAUACCUAAAUUAUUGUUUUCGAAGUGUAUUCUCAACGCCUAUACGUGUUUAUCCGUUAUUUAAUGAUCUCAUUUUAUUGACAUAUACGAAUGCUACGAAUGAAGGAGAUACCUCAACAUAUUACGAAUGGGGAAUGUCAUACGUGAACCCAGCAACUAAUGUUUGGGUACCUAAUAAUGCCGCCAUAAAAAUGAAUAUUGAUCCUAGACAUGGAUUUCUCCGUUUUUCUCAAGUAACUAGACAAAAUUAUUCUGAAUGGAAGCAAUAUGAUGU